CUCUCCUCCUGUCCUCCUCCUCCUCCAGCAGCAGCAGCAGCAGUACCGACACUUUCGGACCCGACACUCACCGAACAUGUUCCGGGCUCUGGACGCUGCGCUCGCCGUGCUGUUGGCCGCCUCUCUGCGGAGCACCGCGGGCGGCUACGGCUACGGCGGGGGCGGCGGGGGCUCGGCUCUCUUCUCUGCUCAAACCUCGCCCCCGGACCCGUGCUACGACGAGCACGGUACCCCGCGCCGCUGCAUCCCGGACUUCGUCAACUCGGCGUUCGGCAAGGAGGUGAAGGUGUCCAGCACCUGCGGCCACCGGAGCGCGAGCCGCUACUGCGUGCUCAGCUCGGCGGACAAGGCGGACGAGAGGAGCCGAAGCUGCCACACGUGCGACGCGGCGGACCCCAAGCGGAACCGGCCCCCGGCGUACCUCACCGACCUAAACAACCCGCACAACCUGACGUGCUGGCAGUCGGAGAACUUCGUCCAGUACCCGCAGAACGUAACGCUCACGCUCUCCCUGGGCAAGAAGUUCGAGGUGACCUACGUCAGCCUCCAGUUCUGCUCGCCGAGACCCGAGUCCAUGGUGAUCUCCAAGUCCAUGGACUACGGCAAGACGUGGGUGCCCUUCCAGUUCUACUCGAGCCAGUGCCGCAAGAUGUACAACAAGCCCAAUCGGGCCGCCAUCACCAAGCAGAACGAGCAGGAGGCCAUCUGCACCGACUCGCACACGGACAUGUUCCCGCUGAACGGAGGUUUGAUCGCCUUCAGCACGCUGGACGGCCGGCCCUCGGCGCACGACUUCGACAACUCGCCCGUGCUGCAGGACUGGGUGACGGCCACCGACAUCCGCGUCACCUUCGGCCGGCUGCACACGUUCGGCGACGAGAACGAGGACGACUCGGAGCUGGCGCGGGACUCGUACUUCUACGCCGUGUCCGACCUGCAGGUGGGCGGCCGCUGCAAGUGCAACGGCCACGCGUCGCGCUGCGUCAAGGACCGCGACGGCGAGCUGGUGUGCGAGUGCAAGCACAACGCCGCCGGCCCGGAGUGUGACAGGUGCAAGCCCUUCCACUACGACCGGCCGUGGCAGAGGGCCACGGCCCGGGAGGCCAACGAGUGCGUCGCCUGUAACUGCAACCUGCACGCCCGUCGCUGCCGCUUCAACAUGGAGCUGUACAAGCUGUCGGGGAGGAAGAGUGGAGGCGUGUGCCUUAACUGCCGCCACAACACGGCUGGACGCCAUUGCCACUACUGCAAGGAGGGCUACUACCGGGACCUGUCCAAACCCAUCUCGCACAGGAAAGCCUGCAAGGCAUGCGAUUGCCAUCCCGUGGGUGCCGCCGGCAAAACCUGUAACCAAACCACAGGACAAUGUCCCUGUAAAGACGGCGUGACCGGUAUCACGUGCAACCGCUGCGCUAAAGGCUACCAGCAGAGCCGCUCGCCCGUUGCCCCCUGCAUAAAGAUUCCAGUCACACCGCCUACGACAGCAGCCAGCAGCACAGAAGAGCCCUCAGACUGUGACUCUUACUGCAAAGCGUCAAAAGGCAAACUGAAAAUCAACAUGAAGAAGUAUUGCAAGAAGGAUUACGCUGUCCAGGUGCACAUUCUGAAGGCGGACAAGGCCGGCGAGUGGUGGAAGUUCACCGUCAACGUCAUUUCCGUCUACAAGCAAGGCGAGAGCCGCAUCCGCCGGGGGGACCAGUUCCUGUGGGUCCGCGCCAAAGACGUGGCCUGCAAGUGUCCCAAGAUCAAGCCCGGCAAGAAGUACCUGCUGCUGGGCAAUGACGAGGAUUCCCCUGGUCAGAGCGGCGGCGUGGUAGCGGACAAAGGAAGCCUGGUAAUCCAAUGGAGGGACACGUGGGCGCGCAGGCUGCGGAAGUUCCAACAGCGUGAGAAGAAAGGAAAGUGCAAGAAGCCAUAGAUGGGGGGAAAAGACGCAGUGCGAGUGGGAUUCCAGAGGAAAGCUUAAAAUUGUUUUUUUUUUUUAAAUGAACGAAACAGAGACAGACAGAAGACUACCGUCGAAAGAGACUGUUGACGUUGCUGCUUUUUGGUUUUUCGUUAAGUAGCAUGAAAAGAAUCAUUUAGGAAUUCUUCUCGAGUGAACUUUGGUUGAAGGAGCUCACCUCACAGAUUUGGUUUGACCCUUUCUUUAACUUUGACACCCAUCUCUUGCGGAAUUGCCCGUUUUGCACCUAAUACCAGUAUGUCACCAAUAUAUACUACUUGUUGGUUUUACAGUCAGUAUAUCAUUUUUUUGUGUUGCUGUUCUAUUGGCUUGUUCAAAAAGCCACUAAUCACCAGGGAAGAUUCUCCUCUGCAUGGUUUUGUUUUUGGAUGUUUGGCCGACAGGACAACUUGUUUCAUGAUGAAAUGCAAAUGCAAAAGGUUUCAGGUCAACACGAACGAUUUUGGGAUUCAAAUGUUGAACACUUAACCUGGUUGUGCUUUACGUUACAAUGAAAUGCAUUGCCUUGAUUCCGUUACAUCAUUUUUAGAUCCAGACUUCCCAAGACCAGGCCGAGAGACUGAUUCGGAACCAUGUUACAAGUUCUGUCACCGUUUAUGAAAGCGGGUCAAAGUUCAAUUAGGCUCUUGUGGAACGUAGAUGAAAAGGGCCGUCCUGCAUCUUUUCGAUGUUUCCUACCGCCAACACACCCGAUUCGGCUCUCGAGGACCGGAUUCGGACACCCCCGGGGUAAAAGGUACAUAUUAAUGUCACACUUGAUAUCCAGGAUUUUGUGAUGUUUCUUGACAAAAAUAUAUUGGUUUACACCACUAUAUGUACAAAAAAAUAAAUGUAUAUGUCAUUAUAUAAGGCAAAGGAAAGCAAUAUUCUUUCACUUGACUUAAGAACUCUAGAGGUAGUGACUGAUCACGACCUAAAUAGCUAGGUAGACUUUCAACAUGCAGAUAGGUAUGUAUUUAAUUCAGUUUAAUCAAUGUAAAAAAA